GUAUUGGACAAGAACAUUUUCUUCAUCGAAACAUCAGGUAUUGCCAAAGUAGAUUUGAUGUUGAAUGUUCGUCAAGCUUGUGCAGUCGAGUCUGCCGCUAAGAUGAAUCCGAACAUGAACGUUUACCUGUUGCUCGUCUCCCAUUCGACGAAUGCGAAUCAAACGAGGAAGUUCUUUGAUCAAUUGGAAAACUAUCCAAACGUUCGAAUAAGACGUGUCUAUUUAAACAAAUACAUGAAAGACACGCCGCUGGAAAAGUGGUAUGAAGAAGGCGCGUGGAAUAAGAGUCAUUGGCCAAUGUCGCAUAUGUCCGAUGCUCUUAGGUAUCUGACGCUGUGGAGGUACGGAGGCAUAUACUUGGACCUAGACGUCGUUGUCACAACAUGCUUAGAAGAUUUAACAAAUUUCGCUGGUAUCCAGGACUCGAUAGUGGGUGCCGGUGCUAUAGGGUUCAGUGGUUCGACGUUGGGUCGACGUGUAGCUGACAUUUGCAUUAACGAUUUGAGAAACAAUUUCCGCGGCGAUAUUUGGGGCCAUAAUGGCCCCGGAGUAAUCACGAGAAUGUUGGAGAAUCUCUGCUCUACGAAAAACGUUUGGAACAUGACCAUUGAGCGCUGUAAUGGUUUUGAACUCCUUCCUCCCUCGUCUUUCUAUCCGAUCCAUUACUCUAGUUGGAGAAAAUAUUUUGAGAGUCAGUACAAGAAUUCAACGAUGGAAGCGGUGAAGAAAGCACGGGCUAUCCACGUGUGGAACAAGCUCAGCAUGAACGAAAAGGUCCGCGUAGACAGUGACGUUCCAUAUGCGAUCGUCGCAAGGAACUAUUGUCCGAAAGUCUUCAACAACUGCGGAGAAAUAUUUUAAACAACUACAGACGUGCUCACAUCACGUUAAUGGAUAUUAAUUAAUUAUUUAUUAUCCUGUGAUCCA